GAGAGAAAGACAGAGAGGGAGAGAGAGGCAGAAAGCAAGGGAGAAAGAGAGCACAAUUCACUCGGUGGAUUGCUUGCAAGCUUGGGGCUGCUAAUUAGGGAUCUCAGGAGAGCAGCUUCUCAGAAUAGCGUGCUCUCCUCAAAAUGGACCGACGGGAGACAGUGGUUCAGUCCUGCUGAUAUUUUUUAAGCCCUCCUUGCAGUUUGAUGGGCAUUCCCAGUGCUUUUGUGCACGUCUCGGGAAGCGUUGACGUGGAAAGGAGCAGCGAGGAGGGGGAGGUUGGAGAAGAAAACUGCAGCUCCUCUAAAAAUACGGAGGGCAUGCACGGGAGCGAGCAGGCUGGGGAGGAGGGCGAGGUGGGGGCACCUCGCACCAUGGUCCCCCGGUGCCGGCGCGGCGCAGUUUCGGAGAUGUCCCUCCUGUGACUGGACGCACCAUGAGCAUCUGGGAGCUGCUCCUGGCUUUCGUGGUGGUGGUGCUGAUGCUUGUGGCCCUGCUGGCCAACGUGCUGGUGCUGAUGUGCUUCCUGUACAGCGCCGACAUCCGCAAGCAGGUCCCGGGAUUGUUCAUCCUCAACCUCACCUUCUGCAACCUGUUGAUGGCCGUCUCAAGCAUGCCCCUGACCUUGGCUGGGAUCAUUUACAAAAGUCAGCCCGGAGGAGAUCAGGUCUGCCAAGUUGUGGGCUUCCUGGAGACUUUCCUCACCACCAACUCCAUGCUGAGCAUGGCGGCUCUGAGCAUUGACAGGUGGAUUGCUGUGGUCUUCCCGCUAAGUUAUCACUCCAAAAUGAGGUACCGAGACGCUGCUCUCAUCCUGAGCUACACGUGGUUGCACUCGGCGUCCUUCCCCAUAGUGGCAGCUUCUCUCUCCUGGCUGGGUUUCCAUCACCUCUACGCCUCCUGCACUCUCUACAGCAAGAGACCAGAGGAUAGGACACAGUUUGUGAUUUUCACUGGGGUCUUUCACGCCCUCAGCUUCCUCCUCUCCCUCGUGGUCCUGUGUUUCACGUAUCUCAAAGUGCUGAAGGUGGCACGGUUCCACUGUAAGCGCAUCGACGUGAUCACUAUGCAGACCCUGGUGCUGCUGGUGGACAUCCACCCCAGCGUGCGGGAGCGGUGUCUGGAGGAGCAGAGGAGGCGGAGGCAGCGGGCAACGAAGAAAAUCAGCACCUUUAUUGGUACCUUCAUACUUUGCUUUGCACCUUAUGUAAUCACAAGACUUGUUGAAUUGUCCUCUGUGGUCCACAUCAACUCCCACUGGGGGAUCAUUUCCAAGUGCUUAGCUUACAGCAAAGCUGUUUCAGACCCUUUUGUGUACUCUUUGCUGCGGCACCAGUACAAGAAGACGUGGAAGGACAUCAUCAACAAGAUCCUCAAGAGAAGCUCCAUCAACUCCUCGGCGCUGGCGGGCGAGUCGCACAACCGGAACCUUCCGCAGCUGAACGAAUGAGGAGCCUGGUAUGGGACGUCUAAAGUGAUAUUUGUGAAACAGCAGGAACUGGCCUGUCCCCAGUAGCUCUCCUCAGCUGUCCAGGUUUUGGGAGGCAGCUGUGGGCAGGGUGAAGCCCAGACCAUGUCCCUCCAGUAGCCCAUGAAACAUCCAGGCUGCUCUGAACCGCCUCCCUCUGACUGGAAGAGCGCUAUUGAUCCGUGGUCCUGCAGGCUCCACAAAUACAAAUCUCCCAUUGAUUUCCAUCAGCAGCUGCAUCUAUAGAUAAUAAACUAAUCCUCAGCAGAGGGAUUCAUGAGAGUAAUGGGAGCAAACCGCUGCUGGCGUAAGAUUAUUCUAAAAAGCUGCACAGGGAUAUUUGUGCUGUGUUUGUCAUUGGCUGCAGGUGAAGCUCCCUCUGAUGGAGCUGCCAACGUGGCUUUACAAAAACCACCCCACCCCAGUGGCCUGGGAAGGUUGUGUGUAGAAAAUAUCCUAAUGGGAAAAGCUUAAAAAAUCUAAAUAUUCAUCCAGGGCCCAAUGCAGCUCAGCCUUUUUUGGUAUAUAUUGUAGGAAGAAUCCCAUGGAAUUGAAGGAAGGGAAAAACCGCUUUUGGAGUGUGCUGGAUUCAGCCAUGUCUUCUCUAAAUGUUUUAAGUUAUUUACAUAGAAUCCCACUGACAUCCUCCCCAUUACAUUUCAGGAAAACACAAAUGGUAGACAGGGUGGAAAGGUCAGGGUGCCUCCUGCCUACCUUCCAUAUAUCUGAGCUCCGAAGAGCUGGAUUUUGCCCAAAGCUGCAGAUCUGGGCCCUGUGCCCAGGAGGGAAAACAGCAAAUCUCUUUUUCUGAGGAGUUAUUAAUCAUGGUGUUUUUACCUCCUUGAAGGAAAGAUGAGCCUAAAUCUGAGUUUCCAGUAUAAUUUCCAAAGCAAGUGGAGCACAAAUCACAGGCUCCCCUCUCCACCAUGAAUAUGGAGCCAAUAAUCUGAAUCCACACCUGAAUGUGCAGAUUUCUGGAGGUUUCAGUACAAAUCUUUAUAGCUCUGGGUUGCAGUUCUGCAUAAGAACACUAUUAACAUUUACCAUGCACUCACAUGCCUGCCCAGAUUUUAAAAUAGGCUUGGGUUAAUUUGGCUUCAUGAACGCAAUGGCAGCUUCAAUAACAGCUGACACAACUGGCUGUACUGCCAUCCAUCCCUGAUCAUAUUCCAGCUGUCCAGGCCAUUCUGAGGAAAUAAGGCCUCAAGUUGUAAAAAAUGUGGAAUUACUUUUUGGUUGCCACCUUCUCUCAUGCAAGAAAAGGGCUUGGUAUGUUGCAAAAAAUGUCCACUGUUGGAUUUUCUGGCCUCUGAUUCAAAGCCCAGACUGGGGGCUCAGCAAGGGGCUUCACCCCAAAGUCAGUGAAUGUGGGGUAACACCUCAGUUAUUAUCUGAAGAUUACCAGCUACCAUCUGAAGCUUUAAUUCUUCAUUUCAGUUAUAAAAAAACACCAUAAUUACAAUAAAAUCCACGAAUAAUCAUAGCCACAAAAUUUAAGAAACCCAUUUUGAAACCCUGCAUUCAAAUGAGCUCUUUGCCAGAUUAAAUAGUCUACCUCAUCUUAACCAUUUUGCUUCUUAGGCUUAACAUAAUUUUCUCAGGUGCAAUAGUUAAAAAGACCCAGUUCAAUAUUUGUUUCCUAAGAAAUUCAAGACACAUUGAUGAUUGGAUUGUAUUAGAAUACAGAAUGUUAGGAAGCUGAAUAUUUAGCUGAGUUUAUAAAGAUAAAGAUAAAAAGCUCCACAUUGAGCAUGUUUGACUUAAAUUGCACCAGGAAAGUCCACAGCUGUUGUAAGCUUACACAUGGAGCUGAUACCAAAGUCAAUGGGAGGUUUGUAUGUCGAUAAGGGCAGCUCCAGAAACAUUUAAACCUUCAGAUUCAAAGAGAAUAAACUAAUUUCCCAGGAGAGAAAAAAAAAACCAUAAUCCAUUUAGGAUAUCUAGUAAAAGAUGGAGAAUACAGCACUGGACUUGUCUCAUUAUGCUUGUGUAUCACAGUCAGUCACUGGUUGAUUUAUAUCCCACCAUGAGCAAUAAAUCUCUCCCCUUGUAUGUGUUUAAAAAUUUGUCUCUCUUUCAUGGUGCCUUUCUUCUAUAAUUAAUCUUCUAACAGAGAAUAGAUAUAAUUUCCCCUUCCUUGCAUCAGCUCCCUGUCAUAUUUUCACCAUCUGAAGCAAGCAGGAGUUGUAAAUGCUGGUGCUUGACAAAAUGCCUCAGUACACGAAAUAAAAAUACCGGCCCAACAUUUCCUGAUGACAUUUUAUGGGAUACUCGAAAUACGAUACUGUGGCUUGUUAAGUGCUAGAUUUUCAGCUGAAUCCUUAUAGGCAACUGGCAAAAUUUUCUAAAAUGUGUGUCUCAGUGAUGAAUGUAGAUAUGAGUAACUAUCUGUCUGCUGAGUAUUAUAUGUACUAUACAACACUCUGACUCGAGUGAGUUAAAAUAAUGCUGGUAAAUGUAAUGCACAGUAUUUAUUAUCUCUGCUCACAAAGCAGAGCUGUUCUCUUGUCUAACACAUGUGUGU